UUGUAUCUGUGUAUUUUAGUGUUGAUGAUGAGAUGGAUGUGAUGUGCUGUAAAUCAGUAGGAACUGACCCGUCCAUGCUGGAUAUUGAUGAUUUCGUCACAGAAAUCUCUCAGCUGAAGAAAGAGGUGGCGUUACUGGAGAUAAAGAGGACUGAAGAGAGAGAUAAGAUCAGUGAUUCGUGUUUGGAUGGAGAAAUAAUGUCUUUAUCAUCAAAAGAGAGACAGAUGGCACAAACUCUUUCCUGCAUCACCGAUGGAGAGACAUUGAGCUCACAGAGACAUUUAGAUAGAAAUGCAGAACAAAAACUCUCGACCUCCACCAGAUCUGAGAUCAGCUCUACUACCUUACAAAAGUAUAAACGUCAUCAUAUUAAUGCUCAUGUGAAGUCACACAGUGCUGAAAAGUCUUUCUACUGCACUGAAUGUGGCAAAUAUUUCAGCACCAAACAAAACCUUGAUUUUCAUCAGAGAAUUCACACUGGAGAAAAACCAUACGAGUGUCCUCACUGUGAGAAGAGAUUCAGCCAAAAACAUCAUCUGAAGAGACAUUUGUAUAUACACACCAAUGAAAAACCGUAUAAGUGCAGUGAAUGUGACAAAACCUUUAAGGAUUCAAGUUCAUUAAAGUCACACCAGAAUAUUCACUCUGAGGAGAAACGCUAUCAGUGUUCACACUGUGAUAAACGUUUCGGUCUGAAAUCUAAUCUGAUUAUCCAUGAGAGAAUUCACACUGGAGAAAAACCUUACAUCUGCUCUCAAUGUGGAAAGAGCUUCUCUUAUACAAGUCAUGUUAAAGCUCAUCAGAGAAUUCAUACAGGAGAGAAACCUUACGUCUGCUCUCACUGUGGUAAGAGAUUCACUGAAUCAUCUCAAUUAACUGUUCAUCAGAGAGUUCACACUGGAGAAAAACCUUACAUCUGCUCUCAAUGUGGAAAGAGCUUCUCUCAUCCAAGUCAUGUUAAAGCUCAUCAGAGAAUUCACACUGGAGAGAAACCUUUUGUCUGCUCUCAAUGUGGAAAGAGAUUCACUACUCAAAGUAAUUUAAAAGUUCAUCAGAGAGUUCAUUAGGGCUAGACCAGAACAUUUGAAUAUUCAAAUAUUCGUUCCGUGUAUAUAUAUAUAUAUAUAUAUCUUUUACAGCGUUAAUGUGGAGCUUUAGCCAAGCAGGAAGUGCGCUUCACGCUCCCGCUCUGUAGGUGGCGCAGAGAGACCAACAUCCAUAGCCAACAGCCUCCAAACGCCACGAGUGGAAGAGAUCGCCUCAAACGGAAAGCGCGCUUCCUGCUUUGGCAUAAACGCUAAUAGUGUUGUAAAUAACGGUCAGUUUCUUGCAAAAACUGAUUGAUUUGCUUCACAAGACGUCAAUAUUUCACACGGGAUUACUUUUGUAUUGGCUUUAACUCUUAAAGUGUGCGGAUCGGUUGACUUGCAUGACGGAGCACUGGGGUUUCUGCAAAAUGUCUGUUUUAUUGUUCUGCUGAUGAAAAAACAUAUUGAUGGUGUAAGUGUUAUAAAUAAACUUGA